AUGGACACACUGAGAGCUUUGGGGCCGAUGCAUCGCGUCUGUCAGGUGUGCAACCUCUGGCAGUGGCGCCUGGACAAGGAGAGCGGACUCCUCCAUCGCUCGCACUGGCUGGAGCUUUAUGGCUGGACGGUGCUGGUGGCGGCCGGCGGCUACACGGCCUAUGGCCUCUUUCAGGAGAGCAGCGGAAGUGAGGAUUCAGAAGAUAUUGGGGAUGCCGAGACGACCAUCAGCAGCAUUGGGCACACGGUGGACUUCAUCCAACUGGUGGGUAUACGGGUGGCGCACAUGGCCGCGCUGCUGGAGGCGCUAUGGCAGCGACAGGCGCAGUGCGAUUUUUAUGCGGAGCUGGCCGAGAUCGACCGUCAGCUAGCCAGGGACCUUCAGAUGAACGUCGACAGCAGACAGCUGCGUCGGCGCACCACCCGCCGGGCGAUGUGGAUGCUGUGCGGCUACGCGGCCAGCCAGACCCUAAUAUUGGUGGCGAAGCUACUGGCUCCGCGUCACCAGUUCCCGAUCUACUGGAUCCAGUACCUUCUACCCAUGUUCGUGUGCGGCCUAAGGUAUUUUCAGAUCUUCAGCGCCGUGCAUAUUGUAGCCCAGCGCCUGGAACUACUGCUCGAUGCCCUCCAAACGCUACAGUUACACGAUUCGGAGGCAGAGGCGGAGGCCCAAGAGGCAUCAAUGGAGCGCCUAGUGCCUGUGCGGCAGCUUUACCAAAAGGUGUGGAUCCUCGUAGCCCUGCUUAACCGCAGCCACGGCCUCUCCAUACUGCUCCUGGUGGGCAACGACUUCCUGGCUAUUACUUCCAACUGCUACUGGAUCUUUCUCAACUUCCGCCAGUCAGCGGCAUCGCCGUACGACAUCCUUCAGAUCAUUGCUAGCGCCGUGUGGUCCGCACCGCAUCUUGGAAACGUCCUGGUUAUCUCCCUGAUCUGCGACCGAGCUGCGCAAUGUGCUACCCGCUUGGCCCUGAGCCUGCACCAGGUCAGCGUGGAUUUGACGAACGAGUUGCACAAUGCCCUGAUCACCCAGUUCUCGCUACAGCUCCUCCACCAGCGCCUAUAUUUCAGCGCCGCCGGAUUUUUCAACGUCGACAAUACGCUCCUCUAUACGAUUGUGGGCGCGACAACCACAUACCUGAUUAUCCUGAUACAGUUCCACAUGAGCGAGUCCACGAUGUCCAACGGAUCGAGCGGAGACUGA